AAUCCUGUUCUAACCGAUAUGUUCGGCACUUUGCAUGGAUUUUGCUAUAUCUCCUGUCAAGAUCUCAAUAGCUUCCACCUUCCCUAGCUCUUGAUCGACCAUCAAACUGAAUUUCGGACGAAGAAAAUCAGCCAGCCAUGGACAGCGAGGAGGACCCUUUGUUGAGGUUAAUGAACAAAGUCAGCUUCCUGUUCUGGACGACACUGUUACCAGUUUUUCUGCUAGGGAUCUUCGUCGGCGCCCUUCUUUCCAAAGAAUGCGAGAAGGCCAAGUACACCAUGGAUCUCGCCGCCGUCGAGGGGAUGGACGUCGCCGCCGUCAGCACGGUUGUCUCCCCCGCGUUCAACCUCAAGCUGCGCGCCGAGAACCCGCGCGCCUUCCGGCCAUGGUGUCUCGACCGCGGGGACGUGGUGGUGUCCUACUCCGGCGUGGCACUCGCGUGGGGGCGCGUCCCGGGCUUCUGCGUGAGGAGGAGGGCGAUGGCCGAGCUCACGGUGGUGCCCUGGGGCAAGGACGUCCGGUUGUCGGAGGAUCUACGCGACCUUCUUGUCUCAGAGUUGCAGCAGGGCACAGCGAAGGUUUCCGUCGAGAUGAAGCUGCACUACUACGCUAAUUUCGGCAUGGCUGCCUUCGCGCCCAGCUCUGGGACGACGUCGAUUUCACAGGAGCUUCUCCUGGACUCCUGGGAGGACAACAUGAAUAGCAGUUUGCUCAAGACGAAGGCUGGUCUCCCGGGAAGACAAGAUGAAUAAUAUAGUUUAUUCAAGAUGAAUCCUGACGAGUUAUUCUUUUUCUUUGUUGCGUUUUCUUUUGUGAACUCAGCAUAAUUUUGCUUCUUCUAAUUAAUAUAAUAACAUUUCGUAUUAUAA